CUCAAAGAGAGAAAAGCCGCAAGUACGUAAUUAGAGCAAAUGACACUCAUCGUUUUGGUUUCUGUAACGAUUUUGUUUAUGGGUUUGUCAGCCCAAGGCCAAGGAGGCUUGAAAGCAGACUUUUAUUCUUCCACUUGCCCAAGGGCUGAGGCCAUAGUUAGGUCCACUGUUGAAACACAUUUUAACAGGGAUCCCACCAUUGCAGCUGGCAUGCUAAGGCUACACUUCCAUGAUUGUUUUGUUCAGGGCUGCGAUGGAUCAGUUUUGAUCACGGGGGCUUCUGCAGAGAGGAACGCAUUGCCAAAUCUGGGGUUGAGAGGCUUUGAAGUCAUUGAUGAUGCAAAGACACAACUGGAGGCCCUGUGCCCUGAUGUGGUCUCCUGCGCUGAUAUACUGGCGUUAGCUGCUCGUGAUGCUGUCGACUUGAGCGAUGGUCCAAGUUGGUCAGUACCGACCGGAAGAAGAGAUGGUAGGAUCUCUUCUUCAUCUGAAGCUGCCAAUUUACCAUCUCCGGCCGAUCCCAUUGCUACCCAGACGCAGAAGUUUGCUACUAAAGGCUUAGACGACCAUGAUCUUGUCACUCUAGUUGGAGGACAUACAAUUGGACAAACUGAUUGUUUGUUUUUCCGGUACCGUCUGUACAAUUUCACGGCGACCGGCAAUGCAGACCCAACCAUAAACCAGGCAUUCUUAGCGCAACUACAAGCCUUGUGUCCCCAGAACGGCGAUGGCUCCAAGCGUGUAGCACUGGACAAAGACAGCCAGACCAAAUUCGACGUUAGUUUCUUCAAGAACGUGCAGGAUGGCAAUGGAGUACUAGAGUCGGACCAGAGGCUUUGGGGGGAUUCUGCAACAUGUACCAUCGUGCAAAAUUAUGCAGGGAACAUAAGAGGAUUGCUGGGGUUGAGAUUUGAUUUUGAGUUUCCGAAAGCUAUGAUCAAGAUGAGUAGCAUCGAAGUGAAGACUGGAACCCAAGGAGAGAUCAGGAAAAUUUGCUCCAAGUUCAAUUGAUCCAAGUAAAAGCUAUGAAAUGGUGUUAAAAGAGUAGCCUUCUGGGUGUUGAGUCUGUUUGCUUAGAAUGUAAAGAAUACUAUGUAUCAGUAGAAGUUUAGCUCAAGCUUACUGAUUAUAUAUAGUUGAAACUUGAAUGGGAAUGGAGACAUGGGUGAAAAGAUUUUAUCCCAAUUUUAAGCCA